AUGCACAUGUCGCUUUCUUGUCGCCCGUGCUCCGUGAGUCAGGCGAUGCAACGAGAGUAUCCCUGUACCGCUCCACUUCCUCACGCGACAUCGCACACACCGCAUCCUGCUACAUGUACUCUUAUUCCACGCUUGAGAAGGUGUUGCUGCACCUGGAAUGUGGUGACGCGUCCAGAAAUUUCAUCGGCGCUUCUCGCUGCGAGGAAGCAAGGCGUGCGGAGGCGGGGGCUUGCACACCGAGCUAGAGUGCGCAACUCCCGCUAUGUGCUUGCACUAAUAUCAGCCCAGAGCCUAAGCUUGGGGUGCGGCGAGCUCCCAAGGUUGGGGCACUGCAGUUGGUGCAUUGCGCGCGGCUCCAGCGCUGACUCCCAGCAACGCGGGUGGUGGGAACAGUGUUAG